AUGGAUGCUGAGCUUGUUUUGGCAGGAUAUAAUGGUACUAUCUUUGCAUAUGGUCAGACAGGUAGUGGCAAAACUUUUACCAUCACGGGAGGAGCAGAACGUUACAGUGAUCGAGGCAUCAUUCCCAGGACUCUAUCUUACAUUUUUGGUCAAUUGCAGAAGGAUAGCAGUAAAGUGUAUACAACUCACAUUUCCUACUUAGAAAUCUACAAUGAAUGUGGUUAUGAUUUGUUGGACCCAAAACACGAGGCCGCCAGAUUGGAAGAUUUGCCAAAAGUGAUAAUAAUGGAAGACCCUGAUCAGAACAUUCAUCUGAAAAACUUGUCUCUUCAGCAAGCAACCAAUGAAGAGGAAGCCUUAAACUUACUCUUCUUGGGAGAUACCAACAGAAUGAUUGCUGAGACACCAAUGAAUCAAGCCUCAACUCGAUCUCACUGCAUUUUCACUAUUCACAUCUCCAGCAAGGAACCUGGUUCUGCAACUAUUCGACGCUCCAAGCUACACUUAGUAGACCUUGCUGGAUCAGAGCGUGUUGCAAAGACUGGAGUUGGAGGUCACUUAUUGACAGAAGCCAAAUAUAUCAACCUGUCAUUACAUUAUUUGGAGCAGGUAAUAAUUGCCCUUGCAGAGAAAAACCGGUCCCACAUUCCUUACCGAAACUCUAUGAUGACCUCAGUGCUAAGAGACAGCCUGGGAGGAAACUGUAUGACUACCAUGAUAGCAACACUCUCUAUAGACAAAAGAAACAUAGAUGAAUCUAUAUCAACCUGCAGAUUUGCACAGCGAGUUGCUCUUAUUAAGAAUGAAGCAGUUCUGAAUGAAGAAAUUGACCCCAGUUUGAUGAUUGCCCAGCUGAAAAAGGAGAUCCAGGAGUUGAAGGAUGAGCUGGCGCUGGUGACUGGCAAGCAAAGAACGUCAGAGCUUUCACAAGAAGAGCUACUUCAGUUGAACGAGUUAAUUGAAACAUUUCUCGAAGAUAAUGAUUCUGAUAGCAGUCUGGAUGUUGGUGCUGACAUGCGCAAGAUUAAGUAUUGCUUCAUUCAUAUGAAGCAACUAAUGAAUCAUUCAAAGAUUUCUGAUAAAAAACUGCCCUCACAAAACAUCUUUGAAGAAAAAGACACUAACAAAGAAGCAGGAGAAGAAGAAUUGAAAAAACUGAAAGAAAUUCUGCAGCAGAGAGACAAUGAAAUCAAUAUUCUGGUAAAUAUACUAAAAAAAGAAAAAAAGAAAGCACAACAUGCUCUUUUCCAGCCUAAUGCUGCCUCUACUGGUUCUACAAUCCUGGAACAGUCUCUCUCUAUAAACUUGGAAGAAAGUAGGAGCCCAUCCAGCUGUUUUAGUCUGAAAGAAGCAAAAGAUUCCAGCUUUUCAGUCCACAGACUACCUUUUCUUUCCAGACAAACAG